CAACAAGGAGUCUUCUACCGCUUCGACGAUGGUGUAGACUUCAUUACAAAGCGAAUAUUCGAAAAGGGGGCGAAACAAUGGGAAGAAGCAACAUGCCUCAAUUUCACCGAAGAUAAGGACAAAAAAGCUGAAAACAGCAUUGUGCUAAUCAAGGAAGAUGGCUGCUGGUCGUAUGUAGGACGGGUCGGUGGUGAGCAACCUCUCUCACUUGGUGACGGCUGUGAUCAGGUUGGAAUCGCUACACAUGAACUCGGUCACGCGCUUGGGCUCUUCCACACCAUGUCACGAUACGAUCGUGAUGAAUUUAUUACAGUCGUUCUUGAUAAUGUUGUGGAAGGUUUCGUAGAUCAAUACGUGAAAGAGACAAAUGAAACCACUACCAACUAUGGAUUUACCUAUGAUUAUGGUAGCAUUAUGCAUUACGGAGCAGCCAGCGCCUCUCACAACAAGAAACCCACAAUGGUAGCCAAUGAUACAAGGUACCAGGAGUCGAUGGGCUCGCAGAUCAUUUCAUUCAUUGAUAAGUCUAUGAUAAACGAUCACUACAAUUGCAAAGCAAAGUGCCCGAAUGCGACCUCAGCGAAGUGUCAAAAUGGAGGAUUCCCUCAUCCACGAAAGUGCUCUGAAUGUAUUUGUCCAAGCGGCUAUGGUGGCACUCUUUGCGACAAGCGACCGCCUGGAUGCGGAGAUACAUUGAAAGCGACAGAGCGCAAGCAGAUCAUCGUCAAAAGACUUGGUUUUGGUGGUGUAAGGGACGAGUUCGAAUUCUGCAACUACUGGAUCGAGGCUGAUGAAGGAAAGAAGAUUGAAAUUACGGUCAAAUCUAUUUCACACGGCUACGCUCAUGACGGCUGCAUUCUAGGAGGCGUGGAAAUCAAGACCACUGAGGAUCAAACUCGAACUGGAUACCGAUUCUGCUCACCAACCUAUCGCGACGCAGUGCUUGUUUCGGCCUCAAAUCGCGUGCCCAUAAUCAUGUUCAACAGAGCCGGCCAGCAACAAUUUAUAUUGGAAUACAAAAUCAAGUCAUAA